CCGGUUCGCCAAGGGUUUGGAUGCUGGAGCAUUCGGGUGGGCCGGCGUUCUGUGACUGCGUGCCGGGCUCCGGCUGCUCCGCGCUGUGAUGCAGGUCUCCAGCCUCAACGAAGUGAAGAUUUACAGCCUCAGCUGCGGCAAGUCUCUUCCCGAGUGGCUUUCUGACAGGAAGAAGAGAGCACUGCAGAAGAAGAAUGUCGAUGUCCGUAGGAGAAUUGAACUUAUUCAGGACUUUGAAAUGCCUACUGUGUGUACUACUAUCAAGGUGUCAAAAGAUGGACAGUAUAUUUUAGCAACUGGAACAUAUAAGCCUCGGGUCCGGUGUUAUGACACUUAUCAGUUAUCCCUGAAGUUUGAAAGGUGCUUGGAUUCUGAAGUUGUCACCUUUGAGAUUUUAUCAGAUGACUAUUCAAAGAUUGUCUUCUUACAUAACGACAGAUAUAUUGAAUUUCACUCACAAUCAGGCUUUUACUACAAAACCAGAAUUCCCAAGUUCGGCCGAGACUUCUCUUACCACUAUCCAUCCUGUGACCUGUACUUCGUAGGUGCAAGCUCUGAAGUUUAUAGAUUAAACUUAGAACAAGGGCGGUACCUGAAUCCUCUCCAGACUGACGCCGCGGAGAACAAUGUUUGUGACAUAAAUGCAGUGCAUGGCUUGUUCGCCACAGGAACAAUAGAGGGUCGAGUGGAAUGCUGGGAUCCAAGAGUAAGAAAAAGGGUUGGCGUGUUAGACUGUGCAUUAAAUAGUGUCACAGCAGAUUCAGAGAUAAACAGCUUACCCACCAUCUCUGCAUUGAAGUUUAAUGGAGCCUUGAGCAUGGCAGUUGGAACAUCCACAGGGCAGGUGUUGUUAUAUGAUCUUCGCUCGGAUAAGCCAUUGCUAGUUAAGGAUCACCAGUACGGGCUGCCAAUUAAGUCAGUUCAUUUCCAGGAUUCACUAGAUUUGGUUUUGUCUGCAGACUCUAGAAUUGUCAAAAUGUGGAACAAGGACUCCGGGAAAAUAUUUACUUCGUUGGAGCCAGAGCAUGACCUUAAUGAUGUUUGCCUCUAUCCUAGCUCAGGAAUGCUUCUUACUGCCAACGAAUCCCCCAAGAUGGGCAUUUACUACAUUCCGGUAAGAAGAGCACAGCAAAGAUUUAUCCUCUUCUACUUAACUUUGGCAGGGCUCACACAUCUCAUUGGAUCACCUUUCCUCCGAGCAUAUAUGCAUGGGUUUUUCAUGGAUAUCAGACUCUACCACAAGGUGAAAUUGAUGGUCAAUCCAUUUGCUUAUGAAGAAUAUAGGAAAGAUAAAAUUCGACAGAAGAUAGAAGAAACACGUGCACAGAGAGUCCAAUUAAAGAAAUUGCCAAAAGUUAACAAAGAACUGGCACUUAAAUUAAUUGAAGAGGAAGAGGAGAAACAAAAGUCUACACUGAAAAAGAAAGUUAAGAGCCUCCCUAAUAUCCUCACGGAUGAUCGAUUUAAAGUUAUGUUUGAGAACCCUGACUUCCAGGUGGACGAGGACAGUGAAGAGUUCAGGCUUCUCAAUCCCCUGGUCUCAAGGAUUAGUGAGAAGAGGAAGAAGCAGCUGAGACUCUUGGAGCAGCAGGAGCUCAAGAAUGAAGAGGAGGAAGAACGGGAAGGAAAACCCAGUGAUGCAGAAAGUUCAGAGAGUUCAGAUGAUGAAAAAGAUUGGGUUGAAGAAGUCAGGAAGCAGCGCAGACUCCUGCAGCAGGAAGAAAGAGUGAAGCGGCAGGAGCAACUGAAGGAGGACCAGCAGACAGUCCUGAAGCCCCAGUUCUACGAGAUCAAAGCAGGCGAAGAGUUCAGGAGCUUCAAAGAGUCUGCCACCAAGCAGAGACUGAUGAACAAAACUCUGGAAGAUCGGUUGAAACUUGAAGCAAAACAUGGGACAUUGAAUGUAUCAGACACCACUGUUGGCAGCAAGCAGCUGACAUUCACUCUCAAGAGGUCUGAACAGCAAAAGAAGCAACAGGAGGCAGAGAAACUGCAUCGUCAGGAGAGGAAAAAGCUGCGUAGGUCUGCCAGCCACCUGAGGUCCAGACCCAGAAGAGGCCGGCCCUUUCACUGACCAAAGAACUGUGCCUACGAGCAACUAGGAAGCUGUGCUUCUCCCCACGGAUUCUCACAAGGCCAUCAUACCCAGGUGCGGGAAGGUGGUAGUUAAUGCUCCAUGUAGAUGUGUGUGCAUGGUGCUGCUGGUCUGACUGGCCCACUGCCCACCUGGAAAGUCCCUGGCCUUGGGUGCCUUUUCCACGUUGCUCCCCCCCCCCCCUUAAAUCUUGUCUCCUCCCCUGCUGAUGAUCAGGGAAAGCAGGCAUCAUUUCAGAUAUUGGAAAGGUCUACAUGAAGUGAAAAGUUCAUCCUCUACUGGAAACAGAGAUUAUCAUGUUGUAAAAAUGGCUUGGGUUAGCCGGGCAGUGGUAGUGCAUGCCUUUAAUCCCAGCACUCGGGAGGCAGAGGCAGGUGGAUUUCUGAG